AUGGCGCUCAGAGACAACAAGCGUCCCAAAACACAACCUCCCGUCGCCGUAAUCCCCGCCACUGAUAUCUUCUCCGCUCGUCAGCUUCAGGAACUUCUUUCCUUCAGCCAAGAUGGCGUCCAGGAUUUGAGAAACGGUAUCCAAUCUUUCAAGCAAUUCCUGGAACUUAUUCUCUACCAAACCGAUGAGCCCAACCGUCCGGCCAAAAUCAACAUCCUCAACGACUACCUGGAUGCUGCCAAACUAAGAGCUGCCCGUGACAAGGAUGCUGAAUAUCUUCCUGAUUUCAUGCAGGCAUGGGGCUUUGCCAACCAGACGAACAAUGAUUACCUGGCCACAUCCGUAGCCUCUAUUUUGGCUCUGCUUUUGAAGACAAUCGCAACUCUAAUUGAAUCUCGCGAAUAUGGCAUACUGCUCAUCAAGACUCUACUAAACCAUGCCCAGCUCAAGCUCAUCUCAAGAAGCGUGUCUGCUCCGAAACACAAGGAACACGUCAUCUCUCCCUCUCUGCGUAUUCUUACCGAGAUGGUCUCCUUCGAUGCCGGUCUCAUGGCCAAGCAGGUCUAUGCAAAGCGUGAUUUCACUUUCGAGACAAAAAUCGUUGCUCGCAACCUCUGUCUGGUCAAGAGCGGUUCUGGUCCUUCGGUCCGAUCAAAUGCUGUCCGCUAUCUACUUGCGCAUUUCAAGUACCAAGGAGAGGGUGCUAAAAUCGACAUUCUCAAGAAUGGCCACAUUACCAAGGCUUUGUUUGACCACCUCAAGGAUGACUCUGCCGAUGCUCUGCAAGAAAUCUUCAAAGUACUCGAGACUGGUAUUCUGCGCGAUGAGACAAUCCCUCGCGCAACCAAGACUCAAAUCAUCAGCGAGCGUUCUCUGGCUGGCGUCCUUGCUGCUCUUCGUACUUUUGCCGCCACCGAAAGCCCGACAGGCGACGACUCCACUCUGAUUCGUGGCAAGAACGCAGUCAUGUCAUUCUUGAAACUUGUCAGUACUACGUCUUCUCUUGGUCUUCUUCGUCCCAGCGGCUGGUACCCUCCCGGCAGCGAACGUCACACCAGGGAUCAGAAUGACGACGUCGAAACAGACCUCGCGCUUGAUCUUGGUCUUGAUUCUGUCGACUGGUACAACAAGUUCCAAGGUCAAGUCACUGUGCGCAACACUAUCCUUUCUGGCUUCUCGCAAACCUUGAAGCCAUACGCAAGCGAGGAGGAAAGAGAUAUCCUGCUUUCAAUCUUUGCUGCUGCACCCGAGAUCAUCGCAGACUACUACUUUGCAAGGGGAGAAAAGUUCUCGUUCGAACCCAAGCUCACAAAUACCUGGAUUGGAUAUGCAUCUUUCCUCUUCUCAUCCGUCCAGGUUCCUUUCCCCAAGUACUUCGGAGCCCAAGAUCACUACGCAAGCUGUCCUCCUCCAGUCUCAAUCGCCAUCGAAAACAUUCUUCCUCUACCCCUAACUCAGAGAAUCUUGACAAAAUCAUUGAAUCAAUCUUCCGACCUCAUCACUCUUUUUGCUGUCCGCAUUCUGGUUGUUGCUUUUCAGAAGUUGCAGCAUGUCUUGCAAGCAUUCAAUGUUGCAGCUGCUGAGGGCAACCCGCUUUGGAAAGAGGGAUCCAUCAGAUUGAUUGCCGAAUUCUGUCAAAGAUGUCCUCCAGUCAAAGACGUGAUUGCUGCCUUCCGCAAAAUCUCCGACGACAAUAUCCUCCAAAAGGAGGCCAUCUCUAGAUUGCUCCGUAUGUAUUACCAAGUCACUCCGCAGGCUGCUCUACAGGAGAAAUUCGACGUCUCCCAGGCAUUGACAGUCGCCAUGUCCAGAGCCGAGACAGUCACUUCAGACAGCGAGAACUACGCUUUCCGUCUAUUGGAGCUGCAGCAUUUGCUCGUCGUUGCUCAAUGCUCUGCGGGUAUGCGUUGGUGGCACAAACAGGGUUCGCUCAAGUUUUCCCCCUUCACCACGCUUCUGCGUUUGAGCGCACAGACGCCCGUGGACCAAUCUACUGGGUCCGAGUUCAUCAAUCUGCUCCAGUCGGUUAUUGAUGAGCACAGUAUCCUGCAACAGCAAACGAAAGAGCCGCCUGUAAACGCCUUGAUUGCUAGUCUUGCGGACGAUGAGGCUUGGAAGCCGUGUGAAGCUCUCUAUACCUUUAUUGACGACUGUCUCGGCCGUCUGGUCAGAAAACCAAUCAAGUAUCUCGACGAUCUCGAUGAGUUGGCUGGUGCCUCUGGUCAUGGCAAAACUCUCAGUGUGUUGGUCAUGGUAUGCUUGGAGCAGAUCCCUUUCACCUCAAAACUACCAAAUUCGGAUCGCACAAAUGUGUUGAUGUGGUUCUCUCGCUUCCUUGAAUUACUCAAGGUGAUGGGCGAGGAUGUUGAGUUGUUGCAGCUCAUCAGACAAAGAGUUACGGAUUUGCCUGCUGUGUCAUCGGUCGAGCUCGAACCUACAUUGCGCUCCAUCACCUCUCGCAGACAAUCUGAUGACGAUAAGACUUCAGGCCCAGCAUCGUCCUCUAAUAAGAAAUCAACAAGACAGCCUCUUGCGUUCUCAGAGCCUCCUGUUGAAAAGCAAAACCAUCCCGAACUGAGCAGGUGGCAACAAAAGGACCUAGACGAGUCUCUACAGAACGGAGACAUUGACGCACUUAUCCUAUGUUUGUCUUCACAAGACAGCUCUGUCCGCUUGCAAGCUCACGCCGCCAUCCGCAAACUCAUGGUCCGCGUUAAAGAAUCCACAAACGACGACAAAGACCAAAUAUACCUCUUGCUCGGCGAGCUUUCCGAAACCGUUGCCGAACUCUCGCCGCCGAUAGCUACACAACCACUUCCCUACAUGGCUACUGUGUUUGCCACACAAGCUUUGGCUAUUUUGCAAGACCCUUCUCAUUUCAUGUACCCAAAGAUCAACAAGUAUCUCAACAAAGGCCCCGUCUGGAACAUUGGCAAACUAGCAAACCACUGGAUCGACAAGACUGUUCUCGAAACCCCCGAAGAAGACGACAAACACUGGGCAGAAAUUGAAUUCGUGCUCGACUUUUUCUGCCAGGGCACAAGGACGCUUGCAGAUGUGCAUUUAUUGCUACCACGCAAUUGCAUGGAAAAGGUUUUGGAUCUGUUUGCGAGCCCAUCGGCGCCCAAAGGCGUUAAAGAGGCAGUGCUUAAGGUGGUUUACAGGGUUGCUGCUGUGGGUGGAGCGACGUCUUUGGUGACUAGGACGGGCGUGUUGGCUUGGUUGGACCAGAGGGCAAAAGUUGGUGACGUGGAUGCGACCACUCUGGAUGUCCUGACAGCCAAAGUCAAGGACGGGAUUGAUGCGACUAGAGUAAAGAGUUGGAGUAAAGGCGCUUUGAUGGCAGUUUAA